UACGCCGUAAGAAUGCCUGCAGAAAAGCGCGUUAGUCAACCAAGGAUCGUGCGAACGUACGAGUUUCCUACAAAGCCGGAGAAGCAAACACUUGGCCAGUAUCUCUACAACACGCAGGAUGGCAAAAUUCUUGGCCGAACGGCGAAAAACUGGGCUCAAUUGAUGCUAUUCUAUGCCUGCUUCUACACCGUACUGGCUGCCCUCUUCGCCAUCUGUAUGCAAGGACUUUUGGUCACGCUAAACCAUCAACACCCCAAGUGGCAGCUGGAUGAGUCCCGUAUCGGCACGAACCCUGGUGUCAGCUAUCGUCCCCAGCCAGAGGAUGCCGAAGGUGCCAACUCCAUCCAGUACGUAGCGGCCAACAAAACGGACGUGACGCUAUGGGUGAACAUGAUCAACGAUUUUCUAGCACCGUACGCGGACCAUACACUCCUUCCCGGUGGAGGCAAAAACCAGGUGAUCUGUGAUUUCAACACACCACCAACGAGUGGCAAUGUGUGUGCCUUUGAUGUGAAGAACCUUGGUCCAUGUUCUGCAUCGGAAGGAUACGGUUACAACCGUUCAGCGCCCUGCAUUUUCAUCAAGAUUAACAGAAUUUAUGCUUGGCAGCCCGUAUUCUACGAAGACGUCGAUGAUCUUCCCACCGAUAUGCCCGACGAUCUGGUGUCCCACAUCCGAUCGCUUCCUGCUCCUGAACGCCGACAGGUGUGGGUCUCCUGUAAGGAACUUACUAACAGCGAAGACAAUCAACUCGGCCCGAUCGAAUAUCUGCCGAGCCGAGGUUUUCCAGCGUAUUACUACCCAUACAUGAACGUCGACGGCUAUCUAAGCCCACUGGUGGCGGUACAUCUAGCCCGACCGAAGCCAAAAACGACCAUCAGCGUUGAGUGCCGUGCCUGGGCGAAAAACAUCAUAUUCCGUGGAGGAAGCCGCGACCGAGCAGGUUCGGUGCAGAUAUCGCUGCGUAUCGAUUAGAUAGCGAUGCGGUUGAAUCCCACCU